CGCGGGAGAGGAGGAGAGAAAGGCGCUUCCGCGGCAGCCAUCAUGACGUACAUCAGCGCGGUCUCCGAGGCGGAGCUUAAGAUCCUGUACCAGUGGGUGGAUCAGAUCCCGCUGUCGCGUCCGAAGCGGAACAUCGCGCGUGACUUCGCGGACGGAGUUCUCAUGGCGGAAGUCGUCGCGCACUUCUACCCCAAGCUCGUGGAGCUGCACAACUACAGCAGCGCGAGCGCGAUGACGCAGAAGAUGUACAAUUGGAACACGCUCAACGCGAAGGUUUUCAGAAAGCUCGACUUUACGCUGGACCCGACGCACCUGAAAGACCUGUGCACGCACAAGACGGGCGCGGUGGAGUACGCGCUGAAGCUGAUCAAACACUACCUCGGCGAGUUCCAAAAGAACAACGGCGUGGUGAAGAAACAAAACAUGAAGGGCGGCGUCGCGCCGCCGCCCGUGGAUUUCCACAAAGCCGGCGAAGAGGUCAAGGAGGCGUUCGGCUUCGUCGUCACGGACCACAAGAUCAAGCCCGGGAUGUUAGAGCAAAACAUAAUGUUGCCGACCGUGGGCGACGGCGCCGUGAACCCGGAGACGGGCGAGGAGAUGGCGCAGCAGCCGCAGGGGGAGCUCUUGAGGUACGAGGACCCGACCGGGGAGAUGAUCAAGAAGGACCUGCUCAUCGCGGAGCUUCGCGAGACGAACGCAAUCCUCGACACCAAGGCGCGCAAGCUGGAGCAGCUGGUUCGGCUGAAGGAGGCGAAGGUGCAGACGCUCUUGAACAAGCUUCAGGCGUUGUCCGCGCAGUGA